AUGUCGGGCCAAUCUAUCACGGAUCGGAUCACAGCAGCUCAGCACAGCAUGACCGGGUCGGCUAUCAGCAAGGCUGUGUGCAAAGCCACCACGCAUGAACGUUUCAUCCAGUACCUGGCCUCCAGAAACACUCUGUUUAACCUGAACAACUUCCUGGAUAAGGGAGCUCUGCAAGGUUAUGACAUGUCAACCUUCAUCAGGCGAUACAGUCGCUACCUGAAUGAGAAGGCCAUGUCCUACAGACUGGUGGCUGUGGAUUUCACCAAGAUGAAGAGAGGUAUUGACGGCGUGAUGCGCACCAUGAACACAGAGAAGCUGAUCAAGACGCUGCCCAUCAUCCAGAACCAGCUGGACGCUCUGCUGGAUUUCCAGGCCAACCCUAAUGAGCUGACCAACGGUGUGAUCAACUCAGCCUUCAUGCUGCUCUUCAAGGACUCCAUAAGGCUGUUUGCUGCUUACAAUGAAGGGGUCAUCAACCUAUUGGAGAAAUACUUUGACAUGAAGAAGAACCAGUGUAAAGAUGCCCUGGACAUCUACAAGAAGUUCCUUUACAGGAUGACGAAGCUCUCAGAGUUCCUCAAAGUGGCAGAGCAAGUUGGAAUAGAUCAGGGUGACAUCCCAGAUCUCUCACAGGUCAGUGUACAUCUCACCGUCCACCUCUCUAAUUCCAACCUUCUCACCUUUUUCCCCCCAAAGAGUCUCUCCUGCAGCACUACUUCUUAUCUCACUGCUCUCUCUGACCAGCGCCUGAAGGAGAUCAGCAUGCAGACUCCACCCUCUGCCUCCCCCAGCAGCCAGUCGAUAGGCAGCGCCAACAACAACAACCACGUCACGCAGACCCCAGAGUUUUUCAGCUCCACGCUGUCCACCAACAGUGUGCCCAAUCUGAACAGUGACCUGUUUGAUCUUCAGCCGGCCUUCAUCCCUGCUGUGCAGAGCACUCCUUCCAUCUCCAACGCCAAUAGUGCCUGGGGAGGACUGGACAGCCAACCUCUGCAGCAGAGCGGCCCCGCCAUGACCGUAGAUUUCGAUGCUGUGUUUGGGAAUAAGGCCACACCCAGUAACAACGGCCCGCAGCCUGCAGCCGGUUUUGAUGCUCUCGGAGACCUGUUAAAGCCUACAGUUCCCACACACACCGCACCUCCUCCACCUCCCCCUCAAGUGGCCAUCCAUCAUGGAGGAAAGCUGCUAGCCAAUGACCUCGACUCGUCUCUGGCCAACCUCGUGGGCAAUCUGCAGUUUGGUGGGACCCCAGCCAAAAAGCCAGAUAUGCAGUGGAACCAACCGGGAGAGAAGAAGCUGACGGGCGGCCAGAACUGGCAAAAUAAGACCAUGUCGACCACACAGUGGAGCCCAGCACCCAUGGCCCCACAGCCCAUGCCUGUACCACAUGUGAAUGGAAUGUUCUAUACUAGUUAUGCUCCAGCUCCCAUGGCUUUCCCCAUGACCACACCGCAAGUGCCUGUGUAUGGAAUGGUUCCUCCCCAGAUGGGUCAGAUGGGUGGGGUACCUGUGAUGGCUCCUCAGCCAAUGAUGUACAACCAGCCUGUUCUAAGACCCACUAACCCCUUCGCACCCAUGCCCGGAGCCCAGAUGCAGUUUAUGUAAUCCAGUCAGGAGGGGAAGCAGAGUGCCAAAAGCAACAUACAUACAAACAAACAAACAGCAUAAACAAACACAAGAGGAUGAUGAUGAUGAGAUGGACGGAAGGAUGAUUUGCUCAAGCUGAAACGACAGACUGACACAAGAUAACCGGGCUGACACCAAAAGUCAAGUUGGAAAGAGGAAGAGAAGAUGACGAAAAGGAUGGACUGAGCGAUGGCAGGGGUUCGAUGGGGAAGAUGUUACCCUGGCUGGUCGUUGUCUGAAACAACUCAUUGCACCUGUGUGUGUGUGUGUGUAGCUUCUCUCUGUUUAUUGUCUGAUUUGUGUUCCUAUCGAUGGAGGGAUGUUUCAGGAGAGGGAAUAAGGACGAGAGAGAACGACGGGGAGGAGGGAAGAGGGGAUUCAGGAAAUCCUACCUCUAGUUUUCAGUCAGGCUAAAUGUGUCUGACUGCUGUGAGAGUCUCUGCUGCAGAAUUAGCUUUAUUUCAUACUGGUGCUAUUUUGUCCUCUGUGGGUCACUGCUCGCCUGCAACGGCAACUUUGGAGCACUUACGAGAAGACAAGUGUUUGUUUUAUUGUGUGUGUGUGUG